AUGGCAGAAAUAAUAGUAUAUUCUGACAUUGCUAUAUCUAAUAUCGAUGAAAUAAGUACCAAUAUAUUGUAUGAUGAUGAUUUUACCCUGAUAAUCAAGACGUUAUUUAAGAAAGGUAACCAGGAAUUUGACACCAAUCAUGUAACUUUAAUCAUAUUAUCCGAUAAAUUAAUAGGAAAAAGUCCAUUAAACCAACUCCCCAACGAAGAUAAACAUUUGUUGUUGAAAUAUUACUUUAAUCAUUUAAAUCUUUUAAUAAUAAAUGAAAAAGAUCUUCAACAAACUGAAAACAUAGGAAGAUUAAAGUUCACUAUUCAAGAGAUAUCCAAAUAUAUCAGUGACAGAAUAACCCGAGUUGAAACCUGGACAGGUUGUGGGAAAAGUUGUGUUGAUGAUCAAUUUGGAGAUAUCAGUAAUCAAAUUAAUGAGAUGAUUGGUACAAUGUCAUAUACUAUUGAUUGUGUUAUUAAUAAAUCCAAAUCAACAACUGACAAGUUGAAAACAAUCAAAGAUAUGAUCAUUGCCGAAAUUAAUUUCAAAGAAUUAUUAUCAAAUAAUAAUACAUCACAUUUAUCGAAAUUAUGUAAUUUAGUGGGACACUGGUCAUUUCCAGCACAUGAAUUAACUAAUGAUGAUUUAAGUUAUUGUGUUUAUCUUAUUAUCAAAUACGCAUUGGAUCAAAUUAACGACGAAACAAUCAAUUUAUCACCAAAUGAAUUAAUGGGGAUGAUUUUUAUGGUUAGAGAUACUUAUAAAAAUGGUAACCCAUUUCAUAAUUUUAGACAUGCAGUUGAUGUUUUACAAGCAUGUUUCCAUUAUGUUAUAAGAUUAGGUUAUUUACCAAGUUUCACUCAAUUCCAAACAGACCCAAAAGCUGAUGAAUUAAUAUGUCUUUACUCGGAAAAAUUCGGUAAUGCAGUAGAAUUAAUACCCAUGACAAAAUUAUCCAAAACCAGAGAUGAAACCAAUUUAAAUUUGUAUCAAACAUUAGCAUUAUUAUUAGCAGCAUUAGGUCAUGACGUAGGACAUCCAGGAGUUACUAAUGCUUUUAUGAUUAAGCAUUCAACUCCAACAUCAUUAUUAUACAAUGAAAGAUCAGUUUUAGAACUGUUCCAUUCAUCAAUUUUCAUCAAUAAAAUCUUAAUCAUUAACUGGCCUCAUUUAUUGAAUUUAAUGACUGAUUCAAAGACCAAGUUAACUUUCAAAGAUUUAAUCAUCACCAGUAUACUAGCUACUGAUAUGGCAGAACAUUUUGAAUAUGUUGAUAAAUUAACUCAUUUCUCAAACAAUUCUUCCAAAUUGGUUAAUAGAAUCAAAUUAAUCUCAUCAUUAUUGAUCAAAUGUGCCGAUAUUUCUAAUGUUACACGACCUUUAAGAGUAUCAGCCCAAUGGACAAGUGUUUUGGGAAGAGAAUUUGAUGAAGUUAAUGAAUUAGAGAAUAAAAUUAUCAAAUCCACAUUCACAAAAGAUAUCAAAUAUGACAAAAUACCCAUUGAAUUAAGUGAUAUCCUUAAAUUCAAUCCUAACCUUCAUAAGGGUCAAAUAUUCUUUAUAAAUACAUUUGCUGAAAAUUUAUUUAAUAAUAUAGUUGAAUUAUUACCACAAUUAAAAUUCACCGGUGAUAUAGUUAAAGAGAAUAAAGAAUUCUGGUUAAAGAGAGAUAACAUAUAA